AUGCAACGAACAACAGUUAUUCAACCGACUACAACUGUCAACGAUCUUGUUCAACAAGAAGAGGCAGCAAAAGACAGUGCUAUCUGGAAUGUUUUUCGUAAAAUGCUUCUCUUCACAGUAAUGCUUACUGUUGCACCGUUAACAUCGUUCUUCGUUUCGAAAUACUACGUGUUCGAAGGUAUCUUCAGUAUGACCAGUAGCACUAGUUAUAUCUAUUCAGCGUCAGUCGCGGUGAUCGUCGUUCAUAUUAUUUUAAUUGCUUUUCUCUACGUGGCAUUCCGUGAUGAUCAAUCGGGCAAGAAAAGCAAAAUCGAGUUGUUCAAAGAAACAACUGGCAAGAAAGACUAA